CCACCUAAUAUUCGCCAUUCCCUCUGAGCCCUCCAUGCCGUAUGGUCCUUGACAAUCCUCUGUGUUUGUUGGUCUAGCAGAGCACUGUUGCCCCACGGAUUCGGCGAGAUGUCAAGUCCAUCGGUCAUCUUCAAUCGCGGCUUAAGAUGUACCAAAGUUAAACGAGUUUCUAUUCCAGUGUCUGUUCCAGCGGCAUCACCGGGGCCAUUAUCACCGUUAGCAUCGACCUCAUUUUCUCUAUUCGCGACUCCAUUGCCCCAGUCAUCUUUGGCAUUAUCAGGAGCAUAUUCAACACCUUCGACUUUCUCUAUUAGGCCAUCGACGUUGCUCGACCCUCCGGAGAAGAUCCACCCGACUAUCUCGCUGACUCCGGAGGUUCAGGUCACUUCUCCACCGAAUGUCGGCGUUUUCCCUCCUACACCAGUGGCAUCAGAGACCUCGUCUACGGGCUCGAAGACGGAGGCAGAUACAUCAACACCUACCGUCGACUCCAGGAUAUUCGGGGCCUCUCAUAGUGCAACAUCUUCAAUCAGUACAACGCCUUCAGCAACGACAACAACAGGGACAGGAUCCGCUGGGGACAGUUCAACUCAGAAAACAGAUGGUCUCAACAAAGAUAAUCUCCCCCGCGUGAUAGUCGGGAGCAUACUGGGUGUGCUUGGCUUCAUCGCGUUCGUUGCUUUAAUAUGCUUCCUUCUACUCCGGCGCCGGCGACGGAUGUACGGCGAUACCAAAAGUCUAAGCUCGAAUGGAAAACUCUCGCGGAUUGAUCGGAAUUCCGUUCCCACCCUGACCAGCUGGGCGCCGCGUCACCGUUCAGUGUUUUCUUUCCAGAGUCCACCAUCCGGGCAAUCACCGCCCAACCGUUUACAACUUACGCCUACGCCUGAACUGAUCCCUCCAAAACCAAUCCUCUUCCACAACCCAUUCUCCAAGUCCACCGAAGCCUGCAUCGAAGCACAACUCGACAACCGGGGUCCCAGCACCAUACUCCCCAACCCCUUCGCAGACCCAACCUCCCCAAAUAACACCAACACCAGCCCAACAUGGAAACAAGUCCGCCCAUCAAAACCAAACAUCAUCGAAUGGCAACCACAAGGACAAAACAGCCUCGUCAUCCCGCGCUCCCUGUACGGCAGCGACCACAGUCUGGGGAGUACAAUCAUCCUGCCUGGCCGAAACAGCUCCGUUGGCAGUCUGCAGGUGAUCAGCUACCGGUUAUCGAGCCCGAGUGCCACGUCUCCACGGGUAAUCGAUCUAUCAGCGAGGAGGAUUAGUGCGAGGAGUGCGAGGAGUGCAAGGAGUGAUCCGUUUGAUUUGGAGGUCCCUGUGGAUGCGGUGCAUUCGCGAGCGUGAUUCUUGUUUAUCGGGGAGUUUAAAACUUGGUUAAAGGCGUGCUCUGGGAGUAUGUCUUGAGAUGCGACAUGAGCUAUGAUAUUAAGUGCGAAAACAGCGAGGGAUGGCAUUGAGUGCUUACGGGGAGGGUUUGGUUUGAUUUUGUUUGUACUCUGUAUUUAAGCAUUGCAUUGCGUGCAUGGUAACUAUAGUGUAGUUUGUUGAUACCCUGGG